GUUUCCUUUUCGUCAAAUUCCCAAACGUGCCCUUGGAAACUUCUCGUAAUAUCAUGCAAGCACCCGACCGGCUAAGCCUCAUCAAGGACCCAACUGCCACGACAAACUCGUACCAUUUCGGUACACUAACUCAAGAGCACACCUUCCAGAUGUUUGUCAAAAUUCCCAAGUGAAAGUUUUCCCGCAGGUACUUAAUCUGCAUGCUGCAGCCGUGCAGCGUGCUCAAUAAUGCGACAUGUUUUUAUCAAACUGGAUGGCUAAUUAUCAAUCCACCAGCCGUUUCUUCAACAACAUUGAUAGCUGUAUUAGGUCCUUGAGAAAACACGAGCCAUACCAAAAGAGUGUCUGCAAUGUGCUUAGCCGAUGCCAUUCACAAUGGUCAAACAAAGAGAAGUUAGGAAGUAAAGGUGUUGGAGUGGAGAGUGAAGCAUCAAAACCUAAAGGCAGAAACACUGAUCUUGAGUCCAGCAAAAAGUGGACAUUUGAACCUGUUUGGAUUUCUAAAGCAAUAGAGUCUGCAUUUCAACUAUGGAAUGGAAUCGGAGACAAACCGCCACCCAUCAAUAUGUCUCUUACAGAGAUUUACGCUAGCAUUCAGCGGAGCAAGCUGGGUCUUCAAGACUGGAGUCUUAGUGAUCUUACCAUAGGCCUUUAUCUUAUAUAUCUCCAACAAGCAUCCACCAAGCCUCUCGAGGAUAUAAAGGGUGAACAGAUAUCUUCUGAACGAAUUGUCCAUGAUCUUAAGUACCACAGUGAACUAGCAAAGGGUGCAUACAGAGAUAGUACUGCUUGCCUGGCAAGGAACACUAUGCUUAGAGAAAUUGAUAUUGUGAAAUUCAUAAAAGUCUCAAGCUUGUUAAGGCCUGGAUAUUACAUUGCAGUUGACAAGAGAAGAAGACUGGUCAUUCUGGGAAUCCGUGGAACAGAUACAAUUUAUGACAUCAUAACCGAUAUUGUUUCAUCAAGUAAUGAAGAAAUCACAUUGGAAGGCUACUCAACACAUUUUGGGAGUGCUGAGGCUGCUCGUUGGUUUCUUACUCAUGAGAUGGAAACUCUAAGGAAAUGCCUUCAGAAACACAAGGGGUUUAGGAUAAGGCUGGUCGGUCAUUCUCUUGGGGGUUCAAUAGCAUCCUUGUUGGCAAUAAUGCUCCAUAAGAAAUCACAGCAGGAGCUUGGAUUCGACCCUGAUAUUGUAACCGCAGUUGGAAUUGCAACCCCACCUUGCGUCUCCAGAGAUCUUGCUGAAAAGUGUCAUGAGUAUGUUGUAACCGUGGUUAUGCAGGAUGACAUUAUUCCGAGGCUAAGUGUUGCUUCUCUUACAAGGCUGCGGAAUGAAAUUAUUCAAACUGAUUGGGGAGAUGUGUUUGAAAAGGGUGACUGGAAAGGUGUGGUUGAUUUGUUCACAAAUGCAAGGCAGGUUGUCUCUUCCAUCCAUGAUGUUGCCCGGAAGCUGGCUGACUAUGCCAAGUCCAGAGGCCAAACAGGGCACUCUGGUGCUCUCCCGGAAAAGGAAGUCACAACCGCUUCAAGUGUGCCACCUGCCUCCAUGUCAGCAAGCAAUACCUCUUCACUUGUAAAGCAUGAAGAUGAACUUUUUGUACCCGGGAGCGUAUAUUAUCUAAAGAGGAAUAAUACCGAAAAGAGAAACCGUGAUGAUCAAUCUAUGGAGUUCUUCACGCUCUGGAAAAGACAACCGGGGGAACAUUUCCAGAGGAUACUCCUCUCCAAUAAUAUUAUCUCGGACCACAAAUGCGAUAGCCAUAAUUAUGCAUUGCGGGAUGUACUUAAAGGUAUCAUCCCUGCUAGUACCCCUGACGAAGCCAUUUUCAGAUAGUUGGUAUUCGUUUAUGUCGAGAGAAAGACAUAAUGAGACUGGUAUAUUCUUACUAGCAAGUCUUAGAAAGUUAGAUCAUUUAUGUAUGAUGAAAUAAAGGAUGUGUUGUUACAAAUACAGAUUUGUGUUUGUUUUUAUACUUAGGUUGCUUAAAAUUCUCACAAUUAAGUAGCCGCUAGAAUUGUACUUUAGUUAAUCAAAUGAAGUAAAGAAUGUGUUGUUGCAAAUACAGAUUUGUGUUUGUUUUUAUAGAUGGUUGC